AUGGCAUCUGCAGACACUAGAGGAGGCCUUCCUCUUUUACACAAUUAUUAUGGUGCAAUGAGUAUGAUUUUGAUCAUCAUUUAUCUGAUGGUAUGUCAUAAUUCAGCUACAGCUACAGCCUCAAGCAGUUCAAAUCUUAAUAAUGGUGGGUUCAGUGUCAAACUAAUCCGCAGAAACUCCCUAAAACCACCACUUUAUAAUCACAAUCAUAAAGCUUAUCGACGUCUCAUGGGGUCAUCCGACGACCAAACUACCCCACAAUCGGAAAUAAGGCGUGACAAGGAGGAUGGUGAGGGUGCACAACUUAUGAAGCUCUCAAUUGGAAGUCCACCCUAUGAGAUUUACGCCGUGGCUGAUACCGGCAGCACGCUAUUAUGGACACAGUGUGAACCAUGUCCAAAUUGCUACAAGCAGAAAAAUCCCAAGUUUGAUCCAAAAAAGUCCUCAUCAUACGGUACCCUGCCAUGUUCUGCAAAAGAAUGCACUUAUGCUAAUGGCACUGGCUAUACCUCCUGCUCAACUGAUGAUCAAAAGGUUUGCAAUUACAAUUACACUUACAUGGAUGAUUCACUAACACAAGGGGUAAUGGCCAAAGAGACAAUUACAUUUGGAUCCAGCUCGGGGAAGCCAGUUUCGUUCAAAAAUGUUGUGUUUGGUUGUGGACAUAACAAUACAGGGGAAACUUUUGGUAAAAAUGAAAUGGGAAUAGUAGGGCUUGGACUUGGGAACUUAUCAAUUAUUUCUCAAAUUUCUCCUUAUGUUGGAGGCAGAAAAUUCUCACAUUGUCUCGUGCCGUUCGAUCCGGAUCAUCCCAAUGAUGCAAGCAUCAUGAGUUUUGGGAAGGGGAGUGAGGUUUCAGGUGAAGGUGUGGUCUCAACACCUUUGAUCACCAAAGAUGGCAAGACCCAAUAUUUUGUUACAGUGGAGGGAAUUACUGUUGGAGAUAAGUUUGUGCCUUUUAACUCAUCAUGGUCUGUUUCAAAAGGGAACAUGUUUCUUGACUCAGGAACACAAGUGACAAUGUUGCCACAAGAUUUUUAUGACAGAUUGGUGACAGAAGUAAAGAAGAAGAUGGAACCGUCGUCAUUGAAACCGACCGAAGUAAAUGACCCGUCUGGAACUCUGCUUUGCUACAAUGCCACAACUAAUCCCAAAGCACCAAUGAUGACGGUGCAUUUUGAUGGCGGUGCUAAAGUGCAGCUAGCACCAGCACAAACGUUUUAUCAAAACAAACAAGAUAAGUUGUUCUGUUUUGGAACGCUCAACUCAAGCAAUCCAUUGAGUGAGGGUGUUGGUCUUUUUGGAAGCUAUGCUCAGUCAAAUUUCUUGAUUGGCUUCGACCUCGAGAAAAUGUUGGUCUCCUUCAAGGCAACUGAUUGCAGAAAGCCUAGCACUCGUACUGCUAAUGAUGCUUCUGCCACUCCCUUUUCGUAUUUCUUCAACUACCUUGUCAGUUUUAUUUUGGUUGCAAUUUUGUACUUCUAG